AGGAACCUAUGCAGCGGAGGUGGUGCUGAAAACUACCAUCCGGCGUGCACUACGUCUCCGGCGCCGGCUACGUGGGCGACGUCGCGGGCACACACGAGGAGCCGUUGAGUGAGUGCUGAGUCGGUCGCCGCUGCUCACACCCGGAAAUGGACCCCAGCGACUCAGCCCCGGAUUCCUGGGACCAAGCGGACAUUGACGCCCCGGAGGCCCAGCUGAAUUCAUCUCUGGCCCAGCUCAACGUGAACGCCAAACCCUUCGUUCCAAAUGUGCACGCUGCUGAGUUCGUGCCGUCCUUCCUGAUGCCCAAUGCGCCGGCCAACGAGGCAGAGGAGGAGGAUGCAACUGAUAAUUCUUCAAAGGAGGAAAAGUCUCUGUCUUCAGAAGGGUCCAAUGUUGCUGUUGGCAUGGAAGUAUCCGAACCUGUUUUAGAAAAUGGUGAGACUGAGAUGUCCCCCGAGGAGUCCUGGGAUCACAAAGAUGAGCCCAGUGAAACCGAACCUGGAGGCGGGCUCUGUGGUGAUGGAGGGUCCACUGAAGAAAGUGCCCAGGAAAUGAUGGAGGAAGAGGAGGAAAUCCCUAUACCCAAAGCUAUUGUGGCGCCACCAGAUGCCCCUAAAAAAGAACACGUUAAUGUAGUAUUCAUCGGUCAUGUUGAUGCUGGUAAAUCCACCAUUGGCGGACAAAUUAUGUAUUUAACUGGUAUGGUUGACAAGAGAACACUUGAGAAAUAUGAGAGAGAGGCUAAAGAAAAAAACAGAGAAACAUGGUAUUUAUCGUGGGCUUUAGACACAAACCAGGAAGAGAGAGAUAAGGGUAAAACGGUAGAAGUCGGCCGUGCUUAUUUUGAGACUGAAAAGAAACACUUCACUAUCCUUGAUGCCCCUGGCCACAAAAGCUUUGUUCCAAACAUGAUUGGUGGCGCUUCUCAAGCUGACCUGGCAGUGCUGGUCAUCUCUGCAAGGAAAGGGGAAUUCGAAACUGGAUUUGAAAAAGGUGGCCAGACGCGAGAACAUGCUAUGUUGGCGAAAACAGCCGGUGUAAAACAUUUAAUAGUUCUUGUUAAUAAAAUGGAUGAUCCAACGGUGAACUGGAGUAAUGACCGGUAUGAAGAAUGUAAAGAAAAACUUGUGCCCUUUUUGAAGAAAGUCGGAUUCAACCCCAAAAAAGAUAUUCACUUUAUGCCAUGCUCGGGUCUGACUGGAGCAAACCUAAAAGAACCAGUGGAUUUUUGCCUGUGGUAUAAUGGCUUACCGUUUAUUCCAUAUCUGGACAACUUGCCAAUCUUUAACAGAUCGUUUGAUGGACCUGUUCGGCUGCCAAUUGUGGAUAAGUACAAGGAUAUGGGGACAGUCAUUCUAGGAAAGCUGGAAUCUGGUUCUAUAUGCAAAGGACAGCAGCUUGUCAUGAUGCCAAACAAGCAUACCGUGGAAGUUCUCAGUCUCCUAUCUGAUGAGGUUGAGACAGAGGCUGUAUCACCAGGAGAGAAUCUAAAGCUCCGGCUCAAGGGCAUUGAAGAGGAGGAAAUUUUGCCAGGCUUUAUUCUAUGUGACCUAAAUAAUCUCUGUCACUCUGGACGCACAUUUGAUGCCCAGAUUGUAAUAAUUGAGCACAAGUCCAUCAUUUGCCCCGGUUACAACGCAGUGCUGCACAUUCAUACCUGUAUUGAAGAAGUUGAGAUAACAGCCUUAAUUUGCUUGGUAGACAAAAAAACUGGGGACAAAAGUAAGACACGGCCCCGCUUUGUGAAACAAGAUCAAGUAUGUAUUGCCCGCUUAAGAACAGCUGGAACUAUCUGCCUUGAAACAUUCAAAGAUUUCCCUCAGAUGGGGCGCUUUACCUUGCGAGAUGAAGGUAAAACCAUUGCAAUUGGAAAGGUGUUGAAAUUGGUUCCAGAAAAGGAUUAAGCUUUCUUCUAUACCCUGCACAAAACUGUGAGGAAAUAUGACGGACGCCUAUUACACACGCCUUUUUACUUUCUGCUCUUUGGCAAACUAUUCCCAAGACAAAUUUCACAACCAAGAUAAAUGUCCACAUAGUCAGCUUUCUCAUAUUGAGAGCUCUGCUAUGCCACUGUUGAAUUUCCCUCCUUGAACAUUUGUAUUUUAUUUUUCCUUCCCUCUUAAAUUCUGCUUCCUUGGAGAGAUUUUGGCAAUAGCUUCAUACAAGAUGUGGACACAAUUGCCUACAAUUGAGAACCUAAGAUUUUUGUUUUGUUUUAUAUUUUUUUUUAAAAUAAAAUACAUGAAAUAUUACCAUUUAUUACCCAGAAUAUAAAGCCUUUAAAUUAUAGUCAGACCAUUUAAAAAAAGUGUGCAAUUGUGUGAGCACAUGUUACAAAGACAAACUACCAUGUUAAUAAAAUGUUAAAUUUAAAAAGUAAACUUUCGGUAUUACUUGCUUUUGAAUACUGUUUUUACCUGAAUGUAACACUGCUGCAUUAAUGUUUUAAUUUUCCAAGUAAUAUAAUAUUUUGUCUUGGAUUUUUUUUUUAUGUUCCUAAAUUCUUUUACGCAUUGUCACCACCCAAUUUCAGAGAGACUGCUGUGUGAUUAUAAUAAUGGUGAAUUAAAAAUAAAGUCCCUUGUUAAACUAUAACUGAUACUAAACUUGAAAACUGCUUAAACUAAGUUUCGUGUUUAUGGCUGAAUUACAUUUUUCAAGUUCUUCUGUGCUCGAAUGCAGAUGUUAAAAUACAAAUAAUGUUGCUAAAAAGAUGAAGCCAUUAUCUGCAGGUAUCGUUCAGAAACAAAAUAAAGAAAAAAUGUAACUGCUGUUCAGAGCAUUACAGAUUUUAUUACGUGGAAAGAUUAUUUGCUCUUAAGAGCGAUUUAAAGGGACAGUCUACUACAACUUUUUUAUUGUUUAUAAAGAUAGAUAAUCCCUUUAUUACCAACACUGUUAUCUUAAUAUACUUUUUACCUCUGAUUACAUUGUAUCUAAUCCCCUUCUGACAGCCCCCUUAUCAUAUGACUAUUAUUUAUUGACCUGUAUUUUAACCAGUUAGUGCUGUAUCCUACACAACUCCUCGGGAGAGAGCACAAUGUUAUCUAUAUGGCACACAUGAAUUUGCAGUUGUCUUGGUAAGCUAAUUAAAAAGCAUGUGAUAAGGUUGUUGUAGUGGCUUAGAAACAUGCAGAUAUUUAGAGGUUUAAAUGUUAUAAAGAAUGUUAAUAUAACAAUGUUAGUUGUGCAAAUCUGGGGAAUUGGUAGUAAAGGUGUUAUCUAUCUUUUCAAACAAUACCAAUUUUGGUGUAGACUGUCCCUUUAAGUACUAAAUGGGAAGGAUUUUCAUUUGAUUACAAAAUUCAGUCUUUGUGUUGUCAGUGAUGACGACUUCUCCUUGCUGCUUAAAUAUUGAACAGUGAGCAUAGGAAUAUUUCUAGGCUCAUGAGUUUGCACAUACUGAAUAUUUGAAUGUGGUAUAGGUCCUAUGUACACUUUGCAUAUCAUCUGGGAGUUAUGCUUCUCUAGGAUUGAAAAGUAAGAUACACGUCCCAAUAACUUCCUCUGUUCUAUUGAACCUCAGGAUGCAAAGAGCAAUAGUGUAGCAAUUUGUAGCGGAAAUGUCCAACACUUCGCAAGAUAAAUAAAUAUAUAUAUAUGAUAGAAAAAAAAUGCUUGUCGUCGGACUUUUUCAUUUUCUAGACACUGAUGGUAUAAAAUGCAGAUGUAAGAAUUUAACUGUUUCAGAUAUGUAUGGAAGUGACAAGUCCAGGCACCAAAAACCAGCAGUUUGUUUUUUUAUGAUCUGACUGAGAACUCAAGCAGUAAAGAUUGUUCAACCCUAUUUGUUUCUUUGUAACUGUGGAUCUUCCAUUCAUUUCAUUGAGGAUACAUUGUACGGCCAGAAAAAGUUAUUGUCUUUCACUUUCUAGUGAUAACUCUUGUAGAUGCCGUAAUGCAUGAAAUGGAAAUAAAUUUUAUUAUGUCGGCAAA